UCUUCAGAGAACUGGGGAACAGGUUAAUUUUUUAAGUGUGGCUUGUGUUUGAGAUUAUCGAAAGCACAUUUUCUGCUUUGCAAAAAUCCCGUUAUGUACCGUGAAGUUAAAUUUAAUUGCCUUAACAUGAGAAUUAAUGUAAAUUAAUAGAGCCAAGAGAAGUGUUCACAGGACUGCUGAGCCCUUUUUCUUGGUCCCAUGGAGAACAGCUUAGGAAGAAUAUCCAACACAACCAAACACAGGGAGGGGCAUGGAAGCAGGAUCACAUCCACAUGGGGUCUGAUUCCAGUGCUGAGGGCUCCUCUGGGGACUUCUGCUGUAAACCAAAAUAAUUUAAUUUGUUGUUCCCUGUGUGUGGAAGGAAAGCUGCUGCUCCAGCCCUGCCCUGGGGGCGUUGCAGCUUCUCUGGCUGUGGCAGUGCUGGUUAGUGGGAUGUGGGAUCUGGAAUUCCAGCACUGUGGGAUGAAAGCUCCGUUAUUCCAGGUGCUGUGAUGGUUUGGCUGUUCUGCACUGUAACCAGUUUGCACAAAUAUUUGUGUCAUGAGCAGGAAGCACGUUUGAUGAUGAAGAAUUGGCAGAAGGGUCAAUUUUAACUCCUGUUCCUCCUUCCUUUGCCCGGUUCCCAGGACGGGAGGGCCACAGCACGACUCCCAGCUCCCUCCAGGACCUUCUGGAUCAGCCUGUCCAUUGCCUUGUUAUUUUUUGCAGUUGUUGGCAUCAGCAUGGGGGUUCUCAGCUUGUCCCCCAGCUCUGCCCAGGCUGGCUCCCAGCCCGCCCGACUGACGCUGCAGGGCCAGCAGGACCCCCUGAGGAACCAGACAGCCUUGGUGGACAAGUCCAGGAGCACUGUCACCUACUACGUCACCUCGCAGAGCAACCUCAGCGCCGUGGUGCUGUACGACGGCAGCAACGGCUACGUGUGCUACAAGCCCGUGGAGCAGAGCACCUGCUACCUGAGGAGGAUGGACCCCUGGGACCUGCAGACCCUGCAGGCAGCUCUCAACAUGUCUGAGCAGAGGGCCGAGCAGCUGCUCCGUCACAACAACCACACCAAAUACUACCGCGAGUUCCUGGGCAUCGUGGCGGGGGAGCAGGUGGAGCCCGAGGGCCUGGGGGAGGCUGUGCAGAGCCUGUGUGAGCACACAGCCAUCUUCUGGGUGCGCAGAGGGCAGGGUCCUGGGAAGCAGCGGCUGAUCUACCUGUGCAUUGACAUCUGCUUUCCAAGCAACAUCUGUGUCUCUAUCUGCUUCUAUUACCUCCCUGAGUAAGUGCUGAGCCGUGGACACCCUCUUGCUGCCCUACAUACUUGAACUGGAUUCCUGAAAAGCCUCCCAUUUCCACAAGGAAGGCAACACCCACAGCAUCCCCAGAGCCUCCUGCUGAUUUCACGCUGCACCUCGGGAGGCUUUAGAGAAACAGGAGGCCUCUGCUCAGCACUGGCAGCACAGACAGUCCCUGCAGCUCUGCCCUAGGGCUGCCACAUCCAUAGGAAUUAGGAGCCCCAGGCCUAGAGGAAUCCCAGGGAGCAGCUGGUGUUCUGGGGCUCCGAGCCCUGUCCAGCACAAAGGUGGUUACAUUUGCUGGGGUUGGCUUCAGAAGAGCAGCUCUCCAAGUCACUUUGUGAAACAUUUUGAA